CCAAUACAAUGAAUAUGGACAUGCCAGUCAACGUCCCUGUGGACGAUCCGAACGCCGACACAGAAUGGAACGACAUCUUGCGGAAACAUGGUGUCAUACCAGAGAAACCACCGUCGCCGACACCUGCCAUAGAGGAGGCCUUAGUCCAGGCACGCGAGCUGGCACAUGAGCACAGAUUAGAGGGAAAGGACCUGGAUGAGCUGGACGAGCUGGAGGAUGACGAAGAUGAAGCAUUCCUCGACCAGUAUCGGCAGAAAAGGCUGAAUGAACUGGCGACACUACAGCAAGCGAGCGUCUACAACCAGGUCUAUCCAGUGCAGAAACCAGAGUAUUCGAAGGAAGUCACCGAGGAGUCGAGCAAGGCCUUCGUGCUUGUCUUGCUCACCUCAUCAACUGGCACAAAUCCAGAGUCUCAGCUCAUGAUUGAGCUGUGGCGAGACUUGGCCAGGAAGUUUGGCGAUAUCAAAUUCUGCCAGAUGCAGGCCAAUCUCUGCAUAGAAGGAUAUCCCGAUCGCAACACACCGACUGUGCUGGCAUACAAGGAUGGUGAGAUCAAGAGGCAGUUGGUGACCUUGAAAGAGCUCAAUGGCGUCAAAACGUCCAUAGCGGACAUGGAAAAGAUACUGCUUGGCCUGGGAGCACUGCAGCACAACGACUCGCGUCUCAAGAAGAAGGAGGAGGAUGCUGAAGAGGUGCCGAGGAGAGGCAUAUAUCAGAGCACGAAGAAGAAAGAUGAUGACGACGAUAGCGACUGGGACUGAGGCGCAUGCCGGCCACGAGAAGGACCUUCUCUCUGCUUUCCAAGAGCGAUAGCGUCUGGCUAUGCAACGCACCAAACCCAAUCUUCCACACGUCGUUCUCUCUGAGUACAUCCCGAAAGUCUCACGCCUCAUGGGCGCCUUCUCUUCGCAUCACGAACCCACUGGAAAGUGACACAAGCGCUCUGCCACCGCUACAAUGCAGCAGCAAACUGCACACGCUUAGAUAUUAGACGACGGCUUGUGCUCUAGAAAAUGGGAAACCACAAAACAACGCUAACAACCU